AUUGCUUCCUGACCGUUCCCACGCGGGAGUUAAAAAGGUCCCCCCUAGAGAGAAGAAAGUGUAUGCGUGCUUUAGAGAGAGAAAGCGCGUCAUUGUAUAUAUGUAUGGAGAGAGAGAGAGAGAGAGAGAGAGAGAGAGAGAGAGAGAGUUGGUUGCUAACCAGCUGGACUGGUGUUCUCUCCUCCACUGAUGCACUCAAAUCAAGAUUGUGGUACAUAUUAUCAAGACAGAUCAAAUGCCAUCGUUAAAAAUGAAGACCAAGUCAACCACAGGGUGUUUAAGGAACAAAAAUGGUCUCCGUGUAUGCCAGAAGUCGAAUAGGAUAUCCAAGAAUUCUUGCUCUCGUGUCCAGAUUUCUCAACAUGCAAAAGGAUGUGAUGCUUGCAUCCAACAUUGUCAAGAUGUUUCACUUAGCGAUAAAGUACAUGCUCAGGAGAACAUAGAUGACGUAGCUGUUGACCAUCAUGAAGUGCUCGCUGAAGAAAAUCUUCCAUCCGAAAAGCACCUAUUGCCUAUAAUAGAUUCUGCAAUCUCUAGGAGAAUGGAAUCUUCACCAGCCACCUGUACGUCAAACUUGGAGACAAUAUUCUCACCUAUUUUGGAGUCAGUUGAAAUUCGCAGUGAAGUGAACAAUGAUACAGGGAGUGACAAAGAUCUUGAUUCACCGGUUUUGGGAACUGAUGAAAGUGACGAUAACAGCACAAGCUCAUGUGAAUAUCAAACUUGCAAUGUCUCAGAUUUCUACAUUUCUGACAUGAUUGUUACAGGCAUACCCGUCGAAGGCAACUUAGUUUAUGACGACAUGAAAGAUACUAAUUGCAUGCUUGAUUACAAAUGUGAUGAACCAAGUAUGUUGUUUGAUGUGGCUGAGGAAUGCAUGAUAUUGCCUUUCCUGGAGGAUACUUUGGAGGCAAGCAGUUAUCUUGAUGGAAGAAAAUGCGAGGAAACCUCAAAUUCAGAUGCUUCAAGCUUGUAUGUCGCAAUCCAUCAAUUGAGAUCCUGCAACCAGGAACCUGAUGCGAAUCCCUACUCAGAUUCUGAUCAAUUAGAGAGCUUUGAUCCACAUAUGUUUAUCAGAAAUCUGCCUGACCUACCAGAUGUGCCACUAACUUUUCCGCCCACCAUGUUGCCUAAGGGAUCCCGGAUAACGAAAUCGGUUACACUAGUACUUGAUUUGGAUGAAACACUUGUCCAUUCUACACUGGAGCAUUGUGACGAUGCGGAUUUCACAUUUCCAGUUUUCUUCAACAUGAAGGAGCACAAAGUGUACGUGAAACAGAGGCCUUACCUUCGGAUGUUCCUGGAGAGGGUUGCUGGGAUGUUUGAAAUAGUGGUGUUCACAGCCAGUCAAAGCAUCUAUGCUGAACAACUUCUGGAUAUACUGGAUCCAGAUGGAAAACUUAUUGCUCGUCGAGCUUAUCGUGAAUCAUGCAUUUUUUCAGAUGGAAGUUACACUAAGGACUUGACAGUUUUAGGUGUGGAUCUUGCUAAAGUUGCUAUAAUUGAUAAUUCCCCACAGGUAUUUCGGUUGCAAGUGAAUAAUGGGAUACCUAUUAAGAGUUGGUUUGAUGACCCAUCUGACUCUGCACUAAUUUCAUUACUUCCCUUCCUUGAGACACUAGUUGAUGCUGAUGAUGUUCGCCCCAUCAUUGCCAAGAGAUUCGGUGUGCCAUGUUUCGAACUCCAAGACACAAUUUGCUAGGGUGUGAGCGUUCUUUGGUAAUCGAGACUUGACAAAUACCAAAUUGCUCUUCUGAUCAAGUGCAUCACAUAUUUUUAUUAAGUUGUGUUUAUGGCUCCACAAGACAAGCCACAACACUCAAUCACGACUCUUUUGAGGUAAUUUAUUAUGCUACCAAUAGGUCCUCUGGAGAAUUUAAAUUACAAUUAGAAAGGGUGAUAGAUUAGUUGUGUCAUUGCACAGUAAGAACAAAUGAGAGGGUCUAAUAUGUGCGCGUGUUGUGCUACUGGGGUUUAGUCAUUUGAGGAUCUUGCAUGUCAUACACUACAUAGUCAUAUGUUCUGUGUUCUUUAGAUGGCUAAACCAGCCGUUGCUAUCCUUCCACUGAAUCUACUCAUUCUCAGAUUGCAAAUUCCUUAGGGGUGCCAAUUUUUCUAGUUAACUAUGUAGUAUGCAAAUUGUCUUGGAUUACGAUGGCUUCAUGUUGCCAUUUUGGUGAAAGGAUUGGCAAUAUUUUCAUUUGCGAAUGAGGAACAGCCUGAGUAGGUGGCUAAUGAAGGUUCAACUAAGAGACCCUAUAGGACUGUGUAGCAGACCUAAAAUUUAAUAGAAAUUAUGUUCCACACCAAGAAUGUAUGAAUGUGACAGGUUAAAAGGGUUUUCAAACCAGCUUGUCAGUGAUUGCUUGUCAUAACAUGCUCUCCUGAAUGGGA